GCGGCGGCGGCGGGCGCUGCCGCGGGGCGGCGGCAGCAGCGGCGGCAGCACAGCGGCACCGGCAGCGGCAGCGAGCGAGCGAGCGGGAGCAGCGGGCGGGCAGGAACAUACAUGAGAGAGUACAUUCCCAGGAAUAAGAAGAAGGAGUAGGAUAUUUUAAGCAUAAAAUUGCACAGAUCAAAGUAGAACUCUCCUGUGACCUGCUCACCUCAAGGACUCAACAGAAUCAGUUCCCAGCCACUCGUGUACACCACUGAAGGAAAAUGGACAUACUGAACAGCCGCCACUUUUUGUACUUUCUGCCUACCACACGCCUUGUCAUCUUAUUAGCAGCUUUGACCACUGCUGAGGAUGUGAGUAACAGCACUUUCAACCGCACUGACACACAGCCGGGGGCCGCGCCUGUGGUCAUCUCCCGCAUCGACCACAUCAUAGUCAAGGAGGGCAGUAGUGCCUUGAUUGACUGCAAUGUCCAAGGGAGUCCCAGCCCACGUUACAGAUGGUACAAUUCCAAUGGCCGCCUGCUCCAAGAGGAGGAGAAUAAAGGAAAAUGGUGGUUUCUUGACAAUGGGCUACUAAACAUUACCCGCGUGUCAUUUGAAGACAGAGGUAAAUACACGUGUGUUGCAUCUAAUACGUACGGCAGCGUUAACAAUACUGUGACGCUGAGGGUUGUUUUUACCUCUGGAGAUAUGGGAAUCUAUUACAUGAUUGUCUGCCUUGUCGCUUUUACCAUUGUUAUGAUACUGAACAUUACUCGGUUAUGUAUGAUGAGCAGUCAUCUGAAGAAAACCGAGAAAGCAAUCAAUGAAUUCUUCAGAACAGAAGGGGCAGAGAAACUUCAGAAGGCCUUUGAGAUUGCAAAGCGUAUCCCAAUUAUCACAUCAGCCAAAACGCUUGAGCUUGCCAAAGUAACCCAGUUCAAGACCAUGGAAUUUGCCCGCUAUAUUGAAGAGCUUGCUCGGAGCGUACCUUUGCCACCUCUCAUCAUGAACUGCAGGACUAUAAUGGAAGAAAUUAUGGAGGUUGUCGGUCUGGAGGAACAAGGACAAAAUUUUGUACGGCAGGCAGCAGAAGGUCAGGAGACCACUGAAACUGAUGAGCUUUAUAUGAUCCCAAAUGCUUUGACGCGCAGUGAAUCUCCCACAGGUGACUCGGACGCAUCGUCACUGCAUGAGCCACCUCAACAGAUUGCAAUAAAAGUGUCAGUUCACCCAUUGUCCAAAAAAGACUGCAUGGAUGGUCAGUCACAGGAAAGCAUGCAGUUGGACACCAAGGAAGAAGACACUCCUCAAACACCAGCACUUCCUGUGGAGCCCCCUCCUGAGCCUUCUGCUGAACACAGUUCUGAUGACACAGCAUUGGCAAAUGACAAAAAUACAUGUGUUAUAUAUGAAAGCCAUGUAUGAUAGUUACUCCUGAAUCUAUGCAUAGCAGGAAAAUCAGGUGGAGCUCUUUUAAAAAUACAUAUUGUACUUGCCGCUAAGCCUUACCUGGAGACUAUCAUAGCAAAAGCAUGUAAGUGGAUUAUUUGGCACUUUCUUCUCAGUUUCAGUUUAGUUUACCAUGAUGUAUGGCAGAGUAAUUGCUAUUACAUUAAUAUUAAUUGCUCUUUUUGAUUAGGAGUAUUUCCAAGAAACAUUUACCUCAGCAUUUUCUAGGAUGGAGUCACCUGUAGUGGCUCCUGGAAGUCAAUGGUAGUCUUCGGUGUAGGACACUUGAACUUACUAAACAUAAAACUGGUUUCCAUUUUCCUCCUUCACUCUCAUUAUUUCCAUCUAUUGCAUUUUUGCAAAUAUUAACUUGUGAAUUUGAAAUAUUGCCCAAGAGGCAGCACUCCAGUAGCCAAAUAAAAUCCUAAUAGAUCCCAUUUACAAAGCCUGUUUGCUCAGCUGCAUUGUGAUUUAGAGGGCUAUUAAAGAAAGUUAAAAUGUUUCCAUUUCAUUUGAGACCACACUGCUUAGCCACAUGGGAAAUAGUUUUCCCUUUUUCAUGGAAUGGAGAUGCCAACAAUCAUUUGUUUUGCAUGAAGAAACAACUUUGAGGUGUAUAUUACAGACGGGAAAGCCAUCAGAAAGUUGCAGUUCAACGGCUCUGCAGGGGUUUUUUGCAUACAUUUGAGCAGUUUCUAUGUUGCUGGAAGUUUAUACAGCAGACAGCUGCAAAUAUGCAAGAUGUCUUAUUUUGAAGUAAUGUGGAAGCAGUAACUAUGUACUACCUUACAAGAAGAUAUGCAGGUUCCAUAACAGUCCUGGAAAUGCCAGUAGUCAGUUGAUAACAAGGCUGAAAUAGCAAAGUACCCUUUUAUUUAGCUUCUUAAUUUUGGUAUUCUGAAGAUCAAUUCUAAAUUCAUAUAUAAGGAUCAGUUUGAGAGUUGUAUCCAAACUGAAAAAAAAAUAUAAUCAAGUGUCCUAUAAAAUUACAAAGACAGUCAUGCAAACUGUUAAAUGUGAUAUAAUUGCAUUGAGAUUUUGGGAACCUCCUACGUGUAGGAUGUUCACUGCUCGAGUACACGUGACUCUACCCCAGUAAAGCUUCAAUGAUCGUAGCAAUUGUGGUGUUAAAAAGGAUCAACAUCUCUGCCAGGAAAUGCCAGGAGUGGAAGGGAAGUAAUAAUUUCUCUUGCAGAUAGACAAUAAAAAGUACCUUCUCUGCAGUGAGUUUGGAAAGAAAUCACUUACAAGGAGUUUGUGUAGAGUUAAUAGCAUAUUACUUAAUUACCUGACACGUUUAGUUUGACACUAAUGAACAAACUAUCACCUUAUAGAGUUUAAGAAGGAUUGUAGUAUAAAUAUAGAUACUUAAAAUAAAUCUGGAAUCAGGUAUACUGUAGAAAAAGAAGUCUCUUAGGUCUAUAAGGAGAUGAUACAUGGAUGGCUCUCUGGACAUUUUAACAAAGCAGCCACAUCUUCAUAGGGUGUCUGUUGGAGGCAAUCAGUUAUAUUAACUGCACAGGUAAUCAAGAUCAGACAAAGUCAGUGUUGCAGGUACAUAAAAGAGCCCUUGAUAAUGAACUGAGGUCUUGUGUCAACUUCCUUAUGUUAAAGUGCAGAGCCUCACCAGCAGUGCAAUACAGGAAUACCCCAUGACUUACAUGGGUGAUGCAGAGAUGGCUCCAUAUUUAUCUUUCUGUGGUUAUUAAAAAAAAAAUACUUGUUUAAUAAUUGACUUCAGAUUUUACAACCAGUUUGUAAGAAAUGUCAGCAUUCAGAUGUCUCAUUUUUUUGUGCUUACCACAGUGGCAGGUUUCUACACAAAAUGCAUUUGCACAAGCUCAAAAGGAAACAUGCAAGGGCAAAGUCCUCUUAGGAAUGUGACUGGAAACAUUUGAGUUCCAGUGAAGCAAUAUAAAUGUAAGACAGAAGUUAGUUUAAAAGAAUACCAUUAAGAACCUCACUUCUGACCAGUGUGAUUGACAGUAGUAGUAUGAUGCAAACUUGUCUGAAUCCAAAGGACAUUUCUGUUUAGUGUUCACAUCAGUUUUUCAAGUUACUUGAUUUGCUUCUGAUAUGAAAAAGGACAAGGGCAGAAACAAAAGCAGGAACUUGCACCAAACUCCUUUAAUUCACCUUAACCUCCUGAGGAGAGGAACACUGAUAUUUCUGCCUGUCCAGCAUUUACAAACAAUGCCCAUGCAUUCUAAAAUUGCCUACCUGGUGCCCAACUAAGAUUGCACAGAUAAGCAAGGAUGUUCUCCUUGAAAGCAUAAAAAUAACUUUUAAAUUACACUUUUUUUUUUAAAGUUAUAAAAAUAUUUAUUACAGUAUUUUAAUUUUAAUCUUUUUAGAUUAUGAAGUUUUUACAGUAGAGAUCAGCCUCUUUAGUAUUUAUUGAGAAACAUUUGAGAGCAAACAAUCCCCAUGGAUUUCUUCAGUAUCACUGUGUAAACUUCCUUGAAGAUACAAAUGGUGUUUUUCUCCAGAGGCUGCCCACAAAGGGCACGUUUGAAGUACACACAAAUGCACAUUGCAAACCACAUGUAAGCAACCAGUACUUGGAUCAGAUACAUGCCAUACAUGGAGGGCUGGAUUCCUGCUGUUGCAAGGUCAGAGGGAACCCUGGAUUUUCUAGAGCUGGAGUCAGAGAUGAGAGUUCACAGGUAGGACUGCUCCAGCCAGUCUGGACAUUUAGCUUUAUGUUAUUAUCAGAAUAAAAACUAAACAGCACUGUAGCUAAAGAAAAUACAGAUUUUAUCCAGAACCGAUGGUUCUGGUUUAUGUGGUUUUUUGGUGGUUUUGUAUCUGCUGCUCAGUGUCUUAUGCACCCAUUAUAUGACACUCCUAAGCCUAAAGCUUUUUAUAUGUUUUCAGGAACUUCCUUUGUGGAAGACAGAUGGGAAGCAAGACCCAAACCUGUCUUUCCUGUUCCAAACUUUCCAGCUGUGCUAUUAUAAAGUAUGCAAUUAUGUCUCACAGUAUUUCUUAGCACAUGGCUAUUUUAUGAUCCAAAAACAAAACUAGCAAACAUAAAAUUAAUAAUGGCUAUAAGAAAAUAUUAAUGUUUGCAUUGUUAUAUAUUUUCAUGCACCUUUAGCACUUCAGGGGCAUUAAUCUGUUCCCAUCAUUGGACUAUGCACACUUUUUGUUGCAUUUUUCUAUUUAUUGUUCCACCAAACACUAAUGGUUCUUAAAACACUCAGAAUCUGGAAAAUCCAGUCCAACUGAAAUUACAUUCUAAAAGCAAAGGAACACCAAACCAGGUUUAAUAAGGAAAAGAGAUUUGCACAAUUAUAUUUACACCAUUUUCAAACAGUUUUGCCAAACUUCAUGAAAGAUGACUAGAUUUCUGCAGCAGAAAAAAUCAGUGUUGGAUUUGAAUUUCACACUUAUUAUUCUUUUUUCGGUAAAUGUAAGACCAUACUAAUCAGAUCACUUAACCAUAGUAUUCACUAUCUAUUUUCUCUGCAUUCUCUUUUUGAGCAGCAUUUGUUUCCUGCUGGUCCUUUUUUUUGUUCUCUCAUUCAAGCAUGUUUGUGAUGAAACCUAUCCUUCAGGGCUUUUUUUGUCUGUCGUAUAAAAAAUUUAAAAGAACCCAUAGACCAGCAUUUUGUGCAGGUUUGUUGGUACUUGGUAAGGCACAGAAGUACACUCCUGUGCUUAAAAGUUACUGUAUAAUCAUAAGACUUGCAAAAUGGCAUAUACAGGCAGAGGUUGAUUUUUUUUAAAUCAGUGCCUGUUUUAUUCUAAUGUAGGUACUAUGUCAGUUCCUUGAUUUGCAGUUACCUUUUGACAAAAGUACUGUAACAUAUAACCAGGGCUUUCUGACUUUCAGUUUGGUCAGAUUAACUAAUUCUAGAAAGUGUUAACAGUGUCAGAUUUUCAAAGUUCUCAUGGGAUAUCUUGGCAGCAUGCUAUUUUAAGAGUUGGCCUCUUAAGUAUGCCAUAUUUAGUGGGACAACUGAAAGCUUCUUAGAUGCAAAGGAAAUGCUUGCACUAAAGUCUCGUAAGUUAUAUUUCAUUUAUUAUGAAAUCUUUUUUGGUUUUACAAGAAAUGUAAGACAAAUAUGAAUGUGUUCUUUUGAGAAGCAGUUGCUGUAUUUUGAUUUAAAUAACUGUUAUGAUUUUAUAGCUCACGGCCGUAAACCACAAAGAGAAAAGUUCAUGCUGAAGUGGCAAAAUGAAAUGUGAUGUAGCUUGUACAUUGAUCAUUGUUUCAAUAAAGAAUUUGCACAGAG